AUGGGUAUUCCCGCGGCUUUCCGAUGGCUCUCCAACAGAUACCCAAAGAUCAUUUCGCCAGUCAUUGAGGACCAGCCUGUUGUCAUGGAUGAUGGAUCUGAAAUCCCUGUUGACAUAACGAAGCCCAACCCGAAUGGCGAAGAGUUUGACAAUCUUUACCUCGAUAUGAAUGGUAUCGUGCAUCCGUGUUCACACCCAGAAGACAAGCCGGCUCCCAAAGACGAGGAGGAAAUGAUGCUUGAGGUAUUCAAGUAUACGGACCGUGUUGUCAACAUGGUUCGCCCCCGAAAAAUGCUUGUAAUAGCAGUCGAUGGCGUUGCGCCGCGUGCUAAGAUGAACCAGCAGCGAUCGAGACGUUUCCGUUCAGCCCAGGAAGCAGAGGAGAAGGAGCUUGAGAAGCAAGAAUUUAUCAAGCUACUCAAGCAGCAAAACGGCGGCGAGUCGUCCCUCGAAAGCAAUGAAAGCAUUUCCAAGAAAGCUUUCGACUCCAAUUCAAUUACGCCAGGUACACCAUUUAUGGACAUUCUUGCCACAAGUCUUCGUUAUUGGUGCCAGUACAAGCUCAACACCGACCCUGGCUGGGCCAAGCUCAAGAUCCUUAUUUCGGAUGCUACUGUUCCUGGAGAGGGAGAGCAUAAGAUUAUGUCUUUUGUUCGCUCGCAGAGAACCUCCCCUGAUUACGAUCCCAACACGCGCCAUGUCAUUUAUGGCCUUGAUGCCGAUCUCAUCAUGCUCGGACUUGCUACUCACGAACCCCACUUUCGUGUUCUACGCGAGGACGUCUUCUUUCAAGACAGCAAGUCAAGGACAUGUAAACUGUGCGGCCAAAAGGGCCACGAGGCCCGGAACUGUAAGGGCGAGGCUAAAGAGAAGGAGGGUGAGUUCGAUGAGAAGGAUAAUGCUGUCACUCUCAAGCCUUUUAUAUGGCUACACGUUCCAGUUCUGAGGGAGUACCUGGCUAUUGAACUCAGUGUAUCUGGCCUUCCUUUUAGGUUCGAUCUGGAGCGUGCAGUGGACGAUUGGAUUUUCAUCAUGGGAGGAUAUGUGACCAAGGAUGGCCACAUUGACAUGCAGAGAGCCCAGUGCAUUCUCGACGGGCUCGCAAAGCAGGAAGACGCAAUUUUCAAGAGAAGGAAGGAACAGGAGGACCGACGUGAAGCAAAUGCGAAGCGACGAAGGCUCCAAAACGACAAUGGCGCGAGAAAUAGCGCUUCUGGAGGGAAGCGGAAUAAUCAUCAAGAUCACACGCCCAGCCAAAUGCUUCAUCCGAUCGGAUCAUUCCCCAACAAGCCUACUCAGGCUCUGACCCACGAUAUGGUUUUCAACCGCGAUGUGGUCAAUGAUACCAAUGCUGCCAACAAGAGUGCAGCUAGUGUGCUGAAGAGCCAGCUGAAGAGUGUCAAGGUUUCUUCUGACAAUGCGGAAGGCGGGGGCUCUUCUUUAUCACUGGGAAAACGGAAGGCAUCGGAGCUUGGAGAGGACAGCGAGAUCCCUGCAGCGACUAAUGCACAGGGAAAUGGCGCGCUAUCGGCCGGCGUGGAUAGACUGCCAGCUGACGAUGUUCGGCUGUGGGAAGACGGUUACCAAGACCGUUACUACCAACAAAAGUUUCACAAAGACCCCAGCGACAUUGCGUUCCGCCAGCAAGUGGGACGGGCCUACGCCGAGGGGCUGGCCUGGGUCCUGCAAUACUAUUUCCAGGGAUGUCCUUCUUGGGAAUGGUACUACCCCUAUCACUACGCUCCAUUUGCCGCCGAUUUCAAGGAUCUCGACAAAAUGAAUAUCACAUUCGAGAAAGGCCGUGUUUCACGCCCGUUCGAACAGCUGAUGAGCGUUCUGCCGGCUGCCUCACGACACGCUCUGCCUGAGGUUUUCCAUGAUCUCAUGUUGAACAAAGACAGCGACAUCAUUGAUUUCUACCCGGAAACAUUCGAAGUCGACCUGAACGGCAAAAAGAUGGCAUGGCAAGGCGUAGCAUUGUUGCCGUUCAUUGACAUGUCACGGUUACUUGCUGCUGUUCAGGCAAAGUAUCCAAUGCUCAGCGAGGCAGACACAGCUCGUAAUUCAGUGGGCAAAGACGUCCUCAUCCUUUCCGAUGCCCAUGAAGGCAUAUACGACGAAAUUCUCACCAACUUCUACUCUAAGAAGCAGGGUGCCCCACAGUUCAACCUGAAUCUCAAAACUAGUGGUGGUUUGUCAGGCAAGGUGAUCAAGCAGCAAACUGAUUACGUCCCCCAUGGCACGCUGCAAUAUCCGUUGGAGCGAAAGUCAAUGCCGGAUCUUGAGUAUGACCACUCAGUAGUGCCAGGCGAGGUGGCCGAGGGUAUGGAGGCGCGCCGCUGGGGAGAUUCAACUCAUCCAACAACCAACAACCUAUGCACUACGGCCCAAGCCACCAAGGAGGCAGCCAAGGAGGCAAUCGCGGAGGAUAUCGCGGAGGCGGUUAUGGGCGUGGCGGUUAUGGGACUCCUUAUUCGGGUCCCCCGCCACCAUCUUGGCAACCGCCCCCUCCAGGAACCCCGGGAUUUGGCAUGGGCGUUCCGCCUCCGCCUCCGGCGCAUCACCGUGGUGGUAGAGGUGGCGGAUACAAUCAAGGGUGGGGGGGGCACCAUUCGGGACCUCCCGGGUACCCUGGGUAUCAAGGCCAUCCGCCUUCGCAACAUCACAGACCCAAUGGUCAAUAUCGGGAUUCUCGAGGCUACAGGUAAUUUGGAAUAUGCCUCGGCACAUGUAAUGUAG